GAGAUGGCCGGGCGCAUGACAUUGUGCCUCUGAGUUCGUCCGACCAGCGACGCCCGACACCGCGACCGACGCCGACGUACCCACACGGACGACGCGACCGACGCCGACGCGCCGACGACCCAUGUGCGGCCGCGCCGGCCUCACGGUGCCCCCGGACCAAGUGGCCGGCGCCGUGCGCAGCGCCGGCUGCGCUGUGCCGGCCACGGCGAAGCCCGCCGCGUACCGCACCUCGAGUGCCAAGAAGGCCGACGCGGACAGCUUCCCAUGUGUUGUCGCGGCGCCCGGCGGCGUCGACCUCGCGACGCUCGGCUUCGGCGUGAAGAAGCUCCGGUGCCACAACGCCUUCGUCGAGGGCUGGCUCGACCGGAAGACGUGGCGCGAGGCCGCGGCGACGCCGCGCGGCCGCUGCUCCAUGGUCGUCACGUCCUUCGUCGAGGGCAUCACGGCGCGGCGACCCGACGACGCCGUCUUCUUCAUCCUGGGGCUCCGCGUGGGCGACGAGUUCGUGAUCCUGACGACCGCGGCGAAGCGCUCCGCGCUCCUCGGCGAGCGCGCGCGGGCCAAGGAGGGAUGGGGCGCCGGCCGCUACCCCAUCGUCGCCGACGGCGCGCGCGCGGCGGCCUGGGCGACCGCCGACGGGCCCGAGGCCGCGCACCGCCUCGUCGCGGAGCUCGACGCCUCCACGCUCAGCAACGAGCUCGGCCUCGUCCUCGGCGCGAACCGCAAGCGGUCGCUGCCCUCGCCGGGGCAGAAGACGCUCGGGACCUUCUUCGGCUCGCCGGCCAAGAAGGAGAAGCGCGCCGGCGACGACGCGGGUCGCCGGCUCGGCGGCUCCCCGCGCGAGGACGACGACGCGGGCCGCCGGCUCGGCGGGUCGCCGCGCGAGGACGGCCGCGCCGAGCGCCUCGCCGCGGCGGAGCGGCGCGCGUCGUCCGGCGCCGCGUCGUCCGGCGGCGAGGCGUCAUCCGCCUCCGCCGCGUCGUCGUCCGACUCGGUCGCGUGCCCGCGGUGCACCCUACUCAACGCCGCGGGCGCGGCGACGUGCCUCGCGUGCGACGGCCCCCUGCCCGCGCGCGCGCCCCAAGGCGGCGUCAUCGACCUCACGUAAGAGCCUCCCCGACCUGAGGAGAUCACGCUCCUGCGGCGCUCUCUCGAGCUUCGGCGGAAGAUGCCUUUAUCG